AUGUAUAACGGACAGUAUGGUCAUGGGCAUGGUGGCUACCCUCCACAAGGAUAUGCUCCAUCAUACCCACCUUCUGCAUACCCUCCCUCUGGAGGGUACCCUCCUGGUCCUGGUGCUUAUCCCUACCCUUCAUCUUCCCAUCAUCAUUCAGGAUCAUCAAAUCACUCAUCCAACAUUAUAUUGUUGUAUUCCGAAGGUUAUGGAGGACUCCUAGCCGGAGGUGCAGCAGCAGCUGCAGCUGCGUAUGGCGCACACCAUAUCUCGCAUGGCGGCGCACACCAUCUCUCGCAUGGCGGCGCGCACCAUCUCUCGCAUGGAUAUGGGCAUGGUAUUGGUAUGCAUGGGUAUGGUCAUCAUGGAAAGUUUAAGCAUGGGAAGUAUAAUGGGUUUGGUCAUCAUGGAAAGUUUGGAAAGCGUUGGAAGUGA